AUGCUCAUUCUAGAGGACAACGAUGUGCUGCGUAGUGAAAUGGAAGACUUCUCGAACGAAGGUGUUUCUGCCCGUGAAAUCCUUGCUACUGCCUUCAGGGCAAUUCAUCAAACAACAGUGAUCAUGAUCCAAACGAGGGAUGCGAUUCUUAAACUAGUCCACAAUAUCCUAGAAGGAAGAGAAAAUGCUGCCCAACAAACUGAUUCCGUCUACGAGGAAGAAUUAUUCACUCGACAAAAGGAGCAAGCUCUUCGGCAAUCGUUUGAAGAGAUCCAAUCAAGCAGUAAAAUGUAG